AUGAAGGUUCUGUUGCUGAAGGAUCCCAAAGACAAAGAUUCAGGACCAGAUCCAUAUAUUAAAGAAUUACAAGCAUGCGGAUUUGAAGCAACUUUGAUUCCAGUUCUGUCAUUUGAAUUCAUCUCUCUUGAAGGCUUAUUUGAAAAGCUCUGUCAUCCAGAAUCUUAUGGAGGCCUAGUUUUUACCAGUCCAAGAGCAUUAGAAGCCAUCAAGAUAUGUUUAAAAGAGAACAGUAAAAAUGAAGCCUGGUCAAAAUGUCUUAAACAAAUGUGGAAUACCAAACCAGCAUAUGUGGUAGGAAAAGCUACAGCUUCCCUAGUGGAAGAAAUUGGUCUUAUUCCACAAGGAGAAAAGUCUGGAAAUGCUGAAAAAUUAGCAGAAUAUAUUUGCUCAAGAGAGAAACCUAAUUCCUCAGCCCUUCUUUUUCCUUGUGGAGCCCUGAAAAGAGAAGUACUUCCUACAGUACUUCGGGAAAAAGGUAUAGCUCUGGAAAACCUCACUGUUUAUCAAACAACCCAACACUCUGACCUGCAGGAAUCUUUGAACAGUUAUUUCUCACAACAGGGAAUUCCAGCAAGCAUCGUGUUCUUCAGCCCAUCUGGUGUCAAAUUUUGCCUCCAGCACAUUCAGAAGCUUUUGGGGGAUUUUAGCAACAGUAUCAAGUUCGCUGCGAUUGGUCCAACCACAGCAGAAGCCAUGGAAGCAGCAGGAAUCCCAGCUAGCUGCACUGCAGAGAGUCCGACUCCACAAGACUUGGCUGCUGGGAUCCAAAAGGCACUUCACUUACAGAACUGCUCAAUAUCUAAGUGAGAGCACAGCACACCAUUGAA